GAGCGUGUGCCCCCCAUGCACCCGACUGGAGAAUGUACUCCUCGGUGCUCCUUCUCCAGGGGCAAUGGCCAUUUUACUCCCCGAGGCCAAGCACGGGUCGUGCUGCGACUCUCCCCCUGCGGCCCCAGCCCUUCUCACGGCUUCCCCGCGGUCCCGGAGCUCUGCGGACGGGGCUGUCCGGGUGCCCGGCUCCUGGCCGUCCCUUGGCGGCCUCCCCUUCCCCUCCGGGGGCUCCCCACCGGGGCUGGGAGCCGGCAGCCGCCCGGUGGCGGCAGCGUUAGGACCCGGCGGCGGCUGCGAGGCGGGAGGGGAGAAGGGAAGAGGAGGGGGGGGGGGGAGCGGAGCCCGGCGGUUGUUUACCGGGGAGGGGAGAGCCGGGGCAGGUCUCGCCGAGCACAGCCGGGGCUGCUCCUCGCUCUCCGCGCCGAGGAUGCUGCGCGGGGCCCCGCGGCUCGGCGCGGUGCUGCUGGGCUCGCUGCUGCUGCUGGCCUCCGCCCGGGGAGCAGAGGAGUGCCUCCGCGGCGACGGCGCGUCCUACCGCGGGAGCCGGAGCGUGGCCUCCGGAGGAGCCCCGUGCCUCAACUGGGGGCUGGCGGUGCGGAGCGGGCCCGGCGCCGAGCUCCCGGCAGGUGGGUGCGAGGGGUCUGGUUUUUUGUUUUCUUUUUUUCGGGGUGGGGCGGGGGGUGGGGAUCGGGCCGCGGAGGUCCCCGUGCUGACGGCCCUGUGCCUCCCGCAGCCGCCGAGGAUCACAACAGCUGCAGAAACCCCAACGGUGCCGCCGCACCCUGGUGCUACGUCCGAGGUGCCGAUGGGGUCCCGGAGAGGAGACCCUGCGACAUCGCCCCGUGCCCAGAUGCUACUGCUACCACAGUCCCGGUCCCUACAGCAGAAGUUAAUAUUUCUCAGGAGGUCAACCAGGUGUUUGAACCAGCUGAUACCUUGCCCUCCCGGAGUGAGGCAGCCGCUGUGCAGCCAGUCAUUGGGAUAAGUCAGAGAGUGCAGAUGAACUCCAGAGAAAAGAAGGACUUAGGGACACUAGGGUAUGUGCUGGGGCUGAUCAUGAUGGUGAUAAUCAUUGCCAUUGGAGCUGGCAUUGUCCUGGGAUAUAUCUAUAAGAGGGGAAAAGACCUGAAGGAAAAGCACGAGCAGAAAGUUUAUGAGCGUGAAAUGCAGCGCAUCACACUGCCACUCUCAGCGUUCACCAAUCCUGCCUGUGAGCUUGUAGAUGAGAACACAAUUGUGGUGCACACUAACCAGACACCUGUGGAGGAAACGCACGAUGGUAGUGGCCCACUUAUGGGGCAGGCAGGUACCCCCGGUGCCUGAGCAGCUGGGCCAGGAGAGGUGCAGGCUGAGCGAAGCUUCCAGCUUCCCACUGUGAGUGUGGGGGGUGCGUGUGUUCAUUUCUAUUUUGUUUUCUUUUUGAUGAAAGCCAGAUGAAGGUGAUGCAGAGGGACAGAGCAAUGGGCUAUUCAUCACAAUCUGUUUGAGGGGCACCAUUCAGUGCAUGACCAGCUGGGGACUGGUGGGGUGGACCCUGCUGCUUCCUCCCACCUCUCUCCACAGAGUGCCAAGGAGCUGGAGGGGAUGAUGGGCCAGGCUCGCACCUAGCCACAGAUCCCAUAGCCCAGAGUGUGGUCUUGGCUUCCUUUUUCUGUUCCUUUCCUAUUUAACGGUGUGCACUGUUACUUACGUUUCAGCCUGGAAGCCCAGGAGGGAGCAGUACUGCAGGGACUGAGGGGAGCUUCACGUCAGACUUAGCUAGAUAAUUACACUCUGAUUAUAGUUCCUGCCUUUUUGCUUUAGUGGCUGAGAGCUGGAGCCGCUAUCCAGAAUCCUGCUACUAGAACAGGGAUUGUUUUUUUUCUUGUUUGUUUGCUUUCCCCAAAUAAGUAUAUUUGAGGGAUGGCUCUGACCAGGAACAGUAUGUUUAGCCCUAGUGUAAAAUUUGGAAAAGCUCUUCUCAAGCUCUCAACAAAUCCAGGUCUUCCAGGGCUGAGGCCACUUCUCCAUUUUCCUGCGGUGCUACAUGCACAGCCACACUUGUAGGUGUCCAAGUGGUCUGCUUCCUGCUCACUUACACAGAUCAGGAGACCAAAAGGCCAGCAGCAGAUAGUUCUGGAGUAAAGAGAAAAAAACCUGCACCCUUCUGUUACCUACAUCAGGUUGAGCACUGAGAAUAGACAUCUAAGUUCCCUUGACUUUCUGCAGGGCUAGCUCUGGACAGAGAGGCCAAGCCAGCUGUAGAGGUCACGCUGACCACGAGGCAGCAGCUCCUGCUCUUCUGGCUGUAAGGGCAGCUGCUCUUGCAAGAUCCUGAAGUUACAGCAUGGCUUCUGGCCCAGCCCUCUUCACCCACAGCUUGUGCAGCAAGCCUGCUUGCUUACAGAGCCUGGCCUUAUAAGAGAGGUUUUGUAACAACUUUUAUCAGCAUUCCAGGGACUUUGGAAAGGAUGGCUGCUGCAGCAUCUCCCCGAUGGCACCGAGGCAAGGCCAGUUCAGGGAAACAUCUAUCCCCACCUCAGGGGAAUCAAGCCAUUCAAGUAAGUUUUCUAGCCAUCUGCUUUACAGCUGAGGGCCUAACAGGGAAUAGCACUUGGCAGCAGGGGUUUUAGUGUUAAUGUUUGAUUCAGGAAAGGGAAACAUUUUAUUUUUAAAUGCCUUUGAAUACCAUUUCUUUGUAAAUGUUUUAAAUACCUCAGUAUGAGAAGGUGCAGAUUGUGCUACCUUGUAUUAAAGCUUAAAAGAAAAAUGCUCUGUA